AUGGCUGGAGCAGGACUAUCGAAGCGCGGUGCUGCCAAUGUCGACAAGAUCAUGCCGGGGAUAAGUGCAGCUUUACUUGAAAGAACGAAACCCACUGCACCCCGUAUCGAUCUCUCCACGGCCGAGAAUUGGCUACUGCGCGACGAGAUUAUUGAAUUGACAAAGGAGGGCAUACGAGACGGACUGAAGCCUCAUCAUUUCUCGUACCCGAACGAAUUUGCAGGCGACGCAGACCUUAUCAAGGCUCUAGCGGGAUUCUUUAAUGAAUACUUCCAUCCUCAUAUCCCAGUGGAGCCUGACCAUGUCGCAACUGCGCCAGGGGCAGCGACCUGUCUGAAUACCUUUCUCUACAACACCUGCGAACCUGGGGAAGGAAUUCUUGUUCCAGCCCCUUUUUGGAAUGGAUUCGACUGGCUUUUUACUGCACGAUCGUCUGCAGUACCGGUGAUGGUUCACGUCGAGAAGAGUGCAGAUACGCUCACAUCCCAGCUUAUCCCGGCCCUGGAAAAGGCGUACAGCGAAUCCAAAAUCCCAAUUCGGGGUCUUUUGCUCACCAACCCGCAUAAUCCCUUCGGCCAAUGUUAUCCUAGGUCUGUACUUGAGGACUGCAUCAGGUUCUGCCAUAGCAACGGCAUUCAUUACAUCUCGGACGAAGUCUAUGCGCUCUCGUCAUUUGAGAAUCCUGAGAUCCCAGACGCUGCGCCUUUCGUAUCUGCAUUGCAAAUCGAUGUAGCCGGGUUGGGCUGCGAUCUUUCGCGAGUCCACACCUUCUGGAGCACCAGCAAGGACUUUGGCUCGAAUGGAUUCCGCGUGGGGUGCAGCAUAACUCAGGCGAACAAAGAGAUGCACGUAGCUUUGGCGCUGGCUUCCAAUACCGAGACAAGUAGCCUUGCUGCAGUCGCUUCAACAGCACUGCUCACGUCGCCGAAACUGCCAGAGCUUCUGCAGCUUAACUCCCAGCGUCUAAAGGAAGCAUAUACUGUCAUCACAGACUUUUUCAAGAGGGCGAACAUCCACUACAUUCCUGUGAAUUCAGCCCCUUACAUAUUUGCGCGGUUAGUGCCGAACGCACAAUCCUGGGACGAUGAACGUUCCAUGAUCGGUCAAUUAAAGGAAGCCGGUGUUGUUGUCAGCAGUGGUAAGGCAUACCACGUCAACGAGGAAGAGAAGGGUUGGUGUAGAAUGACCUUUGCGCUGGAGAGAUCCAAACUGGAGGAGGCUAUUAAGCGCAUGGAGGCUGUCCUGGGCCAACAAGAACGCAAUUAG